AUGGACUACGAUCGAAUUCGACCGGUGCGGUACUUGACGGGUUUCCUCAAAUGGUGGCGACUCUGGCCAAGGAAGGAAUCGGUCUCCAUAGCGGACUGGACCAACUGGCAGGGAUAUGCCUUGCACGUGCCAUUCACCGGGUUGUUUGUGGUGCUGCUGUGGGUGGAGGCCAUCAGGAGCCGGGACAUACAGCAUACCGCGGAUGUGCUUUUGAUCUGCCUAACCACAACUGCGUUGGGCGGUAAAAUGAUCAACAACUGGAAGUACGCCCAUGUGGCCCAAGGCAUUCUGACCGAAUGGAGCACGUGUGAUCUCUUCGAGCUGAGAAGCCAACCGGAAGUGGAUAUGUGGCGAUUCGAGCAUCGCCGUUUCAGCCGGGUGUUCAUGUUCUACUGCCUGUGCAGUACUGGCGUAAUCCCAUUCAUUGUGAUUCAGCCGUUGUUCGAUAUCCCCAAUCAAUUGCCCUUCUGGAUGUGGACACCAUUCGACUGGCGGCAGCCGGUGCUCUUUUGGUAUCCGUUCAUCUACCAGGCCAUAACCAUUCCGGUUACCUGUAUGUGCAACAUCACCAUGGACGGCGUCAACUGGUACAUGAUGCUGCAUCUGUCCCUGUGCCUGCGAAUGCUGGGCCAGCGAUUGGGUGAACUUCAGCAUGAUGACAAGGAUCUGAGGGAGAAGUUCCUGGAACUGGUCCAACUGCACCGCAGACUCAAGCAACAGGCCUUGGGCAUUGAGAGCUUUAUUUCGAAGAGCACGUUCACCCAAAUCCUGGUCAGCUCCCUCAUCAUUUGCUUCACCAUUUACAGCAUGCAGAUGAGUCCCGUCUUGCAGGACUUGCCAGGAUUUGCAGCCAUGAUGAAUUACUUACUGGCCAUGAUCAUGCAAAUCAUGCUGCCCACCAUAUAUGGCAACGCGGUCAUCGAUUCUGCAAAUAUGCUGACCGAUUCCAUGUACAAUUCCGACUGGCCGGAUAUGAAUUCCCGAAUGCGUCGCCUAGUUUUGAUGUUUAUGGUGUACUUAAAUCGACCGGUGUCCCUAAAAGCCGGUGGCUUCUUUCAUAUUGGCUUACCCCUGUUCACCAAGACCAUGAAUCAAGCAUACAGCUUGUUGGCCCUGCUGCUCAACAUGAACCAAUAG